AUGACUGUCAGCGUAAUCUCCAGCGAUACCAUCACCGUGAUCGCUAGCAAAAUUACCAGCGAGACCGGCAGCCAUACCAUUAGCACACCUCCCAGCAAAACGACCUCCAGUGAUACCAACAGCGAGACCUCUAGAAAAACUAUCAGCGUGAUCUCCAGCGAGACCGUCAGCAAGAUUUCUAGCGUGACCUCCAGCGAGACCUUUAAAAAGACCGUCAGUGCGAUCUCCAGCAAAAUUACCAUCAACGUUUUAUUUUCAUUAUGGAACGAAAAACGUGGCCCCUAUAAGCGGUAUCUUUUACCUGGCGCUUCAUGUUCAGUUCCAAAACGGACUAAAAAUUAUUGGAGUGCAAAAGAAAGAGAAUCAUCUACAACUGUGUGUCAUUCAGAACAAAUUGAACAAGUUAGUGAUGAUUCUGAGGAAGAAUUUUCAAACGCAGACUGUGAAUCUUAUCCUAGUGGUUCACAUAAAGCAUCAAGUUUCAUUGAGAAUCCAAGAUUAACAUCUCCUUCAGCCAUCCUUGAUUCUGAUCCAGAAAGCGUUUGCGAUACUAGCAAUUUUUCCGUGCCUCAAGGAAUUUUCGUAUACGAUUCAAGUGAAGAGUACUGUGAAUCUGACACCCUCGAGGACAGUGAUACAGAACUAUCAGAUGACUUCGCGGAUAGUGAUAAUGACUCGAAUAAUUAUGUUGAAGGAGAAAUGAACGUAAAUUUAGAAACAACUCUCAAUGAUAAUCAGAAUACAUGCAUUGAUGAAGCUCGGCAACUUUUCAAUACCAUCAGGUAUCCGAAAGCUGUUUUGAUAAGGACAUUACUUAUCCUUUCCAUAAAGGUUAAAAAAAGUUUAGAUAAUGAGACAGUCCAACUUAUAGCCGGAUUGGUAGAUUCUUUAUCUGAUGAACUCUCUAAUUGUACAACGUCGUAUCACUUUAAAAAAAUUAUUGACAGUUACUCAUUUCCUUUCGAAAUCCAUCAUUUAUGCCCGACUUGUGGGUUAUAUAUUGGAGUACAAUGUAAAACUGAGGAUGAAUGUACAUUGAGGUGUGAGAAAUGUAAUAUUGACAUUCCGAUAAAAAAAAAUAAACGUUCAGAAAACUGUUUCUUAUACUCUCCUAUAACUCAGCAGCUAAAAGAAUUUUGCUCUCAUAAUCAUGAAAGUUUGUUGUACCCAAUACAGCGUAAAAAACAAUGUUAUUUUGCGAUUGAAGACAUAAUGGACGGGAAAUUAUACAAUCUGGAUUCCUCGAGCGAAGACUCAUUAUCUUUAAAUUUUAGUGUCGACGGGACUCCUUUAUUCAAAAGUUCACAAACUUCCAUUACUCCAGUGCUAUGUACAAUUAAUGAGCUCCAUCCUCAAGAACGCAAAAAACAUGUAAUGCUUGUUAGUAUUUUCCUGGGAAAACAUAAAACUGAUAUGAAUCAAUAUUUAACACCUUUUGUCGAAGAAAGUAAAAAAUUAGCUACUGAAGGGAUAUCAUACACAUUUAAUGGUAGAGUCUACAAAAAAACAGUUAAAAUUUUAAUCGGAGUAUGUGAUUCAGUCGAGCGGCCUAAUUUAAGAUGUUCCAAAUCAUUUCGAGGAGAGUACGGCUGUGGUCUUUGUAAACAUCCAGGAGAAGAAAUGCAAAAAGGUGCUGGACAUGUUCGUGUCUAUCCGAUAGAUGCAGAAAGAAAUCAUUGUCACUGAAAAUAAUGAAGUUAUUAUUUUCAGAUAUUACAUAUUACGCAACUA